AUGGCGGACGCACUGUUCAACGACUACAAGAACAACUGCCAGGAGUACAUCCGGACGGUGUCCUACACGGAAAAGAUCCUCAAGGACAAUAACUCAGACAAGCACAAGUUGCUAAAUAUUUACGAAAAGGCCAUCAGAAGCGCAGAAAACAUGUUCCAAAGAAUGCAACUCGAAGUGGAGGCAAAUUCACUGAUAGGGAACAAGGAGAGCGAUCUCAACGAUUUGCAUAGAGAGAUAACCGAGUAUAAAGGCAAGCUAAAUAUACUCAAAGAAAACUACCUCGCCAAGGAAAGAGAAAAAAACGAAAUGAACAACAGCUAUGAUGAUCGAGUGAUGCUACUGAGCGAUGUAGACCUUCUCGAAGAAGGAGACAUUUACAUAAACCAAUCAAAAAUUCUGUUAACCAACGCAGAGUACAUAAGUAACGACGUUCUGCAAAACCUCAACAGACAGAGGGACUCCAUAAAAAAGGGAUUAUCCAAUAUGCCUUUCGUUAGGGAUAAAUUAGAGCAAGCAAAAAAUCUGAUCCACUUGAUAAAGAAAAAACAACUCUUAAACAAGUACCGACUGUACAUUAUUUAUUUUUUCAUUUUUUUAACAUUCGUUUUUGUUACUGCGGUUAAGUAUAGGAGGUAUGUAAACAGCCUGAAUCGUGAGGUUACUCAACCGCCUGAUAGUCCUCUCCCCAAUUUUAUGGGUGACGCGAAGGAGUUCAAGGCCCCACCUACUCCCACAAGUGCAUUAGCAGCUAGCACGACGGAGCCAAACAACCAGAAGAAGAAACCCCAAAACAGGAAUGAACCGAAUAUGAUUGUGUACGAUUUUAUCGAGAAGAAGGAUAACGUGGAGGGAAGCGGCACAGUAGGAAGUGAUGCCCACGAUGAUAAUGCCACCACGCAGCCCCCAAAUGAUAAAGGUAGCAGUGGGGACGUAUCCACCCAUAAGGAAAGACAGACGGAGAGUAGCCCCCCCGGGGGGUACACAAAGCAACACAGCAAGGAUGAUAAGGAGGUGAACCAUAAUGGGAAUGUCGAAAAAGAUCAAAUACAAAAGGAAGAGCCACACCCGAAUGAACCCCUUCCCCCUUCCGUGGGAGUAGCGAAAUAG